AUGAGUUUUACACCACCACCUGUGUUUACUGGAGAGAACUACCAUAUCUGGGUAGUUAAGAUGAAGACAUACCUUCAAGCACAUGAUUUGUGGAAUGUGAUCGAGAAUGAUGUUAAACCACCUCCAUUAAGGGCCAAUCCAACCAUUGCUCAGAUGAGGCAACAUAGUGAAGAGUGUACCAAGAAGCAUAAAGCAAUGGCUUGCUUGCAAAAUGGAGCAUCUGAUGUAAUUUUCACUCGGAUAAUGGCAUGUGACUCACCAAAGCAAGCAUGGGAGAAGCUAAAUGAGGAGUUUAUGGGGUCAGACAAGACAAGGCAGCAACAACUGAUCAACCUCAGGAGAAACUUUGAGAACUUGAAGAUGAAAGAGUCAGAGACCAUCAAGCAGUACUCUGAUAGGAUAAUGGCCAUAGUCAACAACAUUAGGCUCCUUGGUGAUGGUUUAGUGAGAGCAGAGUUGUUGAAAAGCAAAGGAGGGACAAUAGGCAGGAAGAGCACCCUGAAGGAGCUUUCUAAGCAAAGGCCAAAGAAAGCUCAAGUGUGUAAUAAUAAAAUGAAGGUAAAAGGUCAGCAGCAAAUGCAAGUCAAGGCUACUGAAGACCUUCAAGCUCAGGAAGAGCAUAUGAAAGGCUGUUCAAGAAUCUUGACAGAAGGUUUGCUUUCAAAGUCAGAGUUAGAAAUGGCAACCUUAUUGAGGCUAGAGCUAAUUGAGAAGGGUUAUUCACAAGUUUUCAAGAAUAACUCUUGUUUUGUUGAGGAUUCAUUUGGUCAAGUACUGGUUACAGUGCCUAUGACUGAUAGGUGUUUCAUGUUGGAUGUAAAUCAGUUAGAGAAGAAGGCCUAUACUAGUGCUACUAACUCAGCUAGUUUAUGGCACAAAAGGUUAGGCUAUGUUAGUUACAAAUCACUUGGUUUGUUGAAUAGAUUGAAUUUGGUUGAAGACAUGUCCAAAAUUGAGGUCAGUGAUGAUGUUUGUGAAGUUUGCCAGCUUGAGGUGUUUGAAGCAUUCAGCAAGUUUAAAGCUCUAGUUGAGAACCAAUCAGGCUGCAAGGUCAAAGCUUUGAGAUCAGAUAAUGGUGCUGAAUAUUUGUCCGAAAAGUUUCAGAAGCUAUGUGAGCAAGCUGGAAUUCAUCAUCAGCUAACAACAGUUUAUACUCCUCAGCAAAAUAAAGUUUGUGAAUGA